GAUUUUUUAAAAUUUCUAUUAUUAGUUUAAAUCCUAAAAUUACAACAUGGACGAUAUAUCGAAUAACACACAAGAUACAAAUAACGUUAAAGAAAUAUUUGUAGCUCAGAUGGACACGAGUUCAGAGGAACCUCCGAUGAGCGAGUGGUCAUCCCUGGAAAUUGAGGUUCCUCAGGAGAAUAAGAAGAAAUUACUUUACGGGCAGGGGCUCUAUGAUCCUGGAAGCGGAGAAGUGUGUGCGAAGUACAUAGCGAUGUCCAGGAGCUCAAUACUUCGCCAUCCUUACUUCAACUACCCAGCUGUCCUGGACCCUGGUAUUCAAGAUGCUCUCCUGGAGCCUGAGGAGACAGUCAAAUACCCCGAUGAUGGCCAACAAAAGUACUUGGACGUAUGCAAUGAAAUGGGUCAGUGCCCAGUUACAUCUUUUCAUAGAGGCCUUCUCACGGACUCGAUAAAUUUGAGCUACUACUGCGUUCAUCCCUAUGGGGUCCGAGCGAUGGCGGAGGCGUUGAUCCACAAUAAAACGGUGAGCAGUCUCAACUUAACCGACAACUUUUUGAAUGACGACGCUUGCUACCAUUUAGGAGAAAUGCUCGCAACCAAUAACACUCUGAAGGAACUUAAUCUAUCAGGCUGCAGAAUAGGUCCAAGUGGAGCGAAGAGAUUGUUUUCCGGCUUGAUAUUAAAUAGCGGCCUCAAGACGCUCAAUUUGAACCGAAACGCGCUGGGCGACCGUGGUGUUGAAUAUCUAGCUGACGUUGUAGAACGCGGCAUCGACGUCGAGCGCAUUUCCCUCAGUUACAACAACAUAAGUGGAAAAUCUGCGGGCAUAUUAGCUUCAGCGUUGGAGUUUAGUAAUAAAUUUUCUCAUAUCGAUCUCUCGUGGAAUAGCCUCUAUGAACCUAUUGAGGGCGCUGUCAGUUUGCUAACUCGAUUAGGAGAAAGCGAGGAGUUAUUAGAAUUAAAUUUAUCUUGGAAUUCUCUAUAUGGGGAAGAAAUCGGAGCCGCCCUCGGUAAGACGUUAAACGCUUCUAAUCUACGAGUACUAGACCUCAGCAAUAACAGGCUAGCUAAUAACGCCGUAAUUAAUUUGAUCCAAAGUGUUAGAAAAACCAAGAAUUUGGUGACGCUCGAUUUAUCCUAUAACCCCAUGGCGCCUCAAGAUGCUUUUGCUGUGCUGCAAAAAAUGAGGCUCAAAAAAGUAAAGAUACAAAACCUAUUAAUGGAUAACGUGGGGAUAAGCGGAGCAUUUCUUAAAAGGUUAAAUGAAAUAAAAAAAUACAAAUUUCGUUCUAAUAUGAGAGUCACUCACGGUACUAUUGUCGAAGGCUACGACAUUGCCGGCCCCGACAUGAGAGAUCUGGUUUUAAAUAGAGCAGAAUACUUAUCGCAGCGUAAGAAGAAGUCUAAGGUUGACGUAGCCUUAUUCGUGCUCGAAUUGGCAAAGCAGAAUAUAACUAUAAUGGACACCAAAGAUUUCACAGCGGCGCUAGAAGCUGCGCGAGUUCCCUUGGAUAAGGACCUGAUUGAGGAGAUCUGCAACGCCUUCCCUGGGCCCAGAACGGCCAGGUCAACUUCGAUAAACAUACAAAAUUUGACAGAAUACGUUCAGAGAAAGUGGCCUGAUCGCAAACUUCCUCCCACCCCUCCCCCUGAACCUGAGCUACCUCCUCCAUCUUUGGUCGUAAAGAAAGGCGACAAAAAGAAGAAGGGUGCCAAGAAAGGCGUUAAAGGUGCGAAAAAAGGUGGAAAGAAGAAAAAAUAGA